AUGGCCGCCUUCCUCCUCUUCUCCUCCCUCCUCCUCCUGCUCGCUUCCUCGGCGAGCGCCGCCGGCCGCUGCGCCGCUCGGCUGGACUCCUCGUCGGACAUCUCCAUCCUCCACGCCUACGACGACUGCUCCCCCUUCUCUGUUCCCGGUACUUCUCCGAGUUCCUGGUUCGACACCGUUUUGGGCAUGGCGGCCAAGGACCCAGCAAGGUUCACCUACCUGGCCUCCCUCAUCGCCACCGCCCCCGCGGCGCCGCCCAAGCCCAAGCCCACCAUCGUCCCCAUCGCCGCCGGCCAGCAGGUUACCCAGACGCCCAACUACGUGCUCCGCGCGAAGCUCGGCUCCCCCGGGCAGCUCAUGUACAUGGCCCUCGACACCAGCAGCGACCUUUCCUGGGUCCCCUGCGCCGGCUGCUCCGGCUGCCCCUCCGCCACCCUCUUCAACCCCGCCGCCUCCUCCACCUUCUCCUCCCUCGACUGCGCCGCCCUGCAGUGCACCCAAGCGAAGGGCUUCCCGUGCAACACCGCCGCUACAGGAUCGCCGCCGAGCUGCGCCUUCAACCAGUCCUACGGCUCCGUCUCCCUCCUCGCCACGCUCUCCCACGACGCGCUGCUCCUGGCCAGCGACGCCGUGCCGGACUACGCCUUCGGCUGCGUCACCGCCGUGGCCUCCAGCAGCAGCGGCGGCACGGUGGUGCCGAAGCAGGGCCUGCUGGGGCUCGGAAGGGGCUCCAUGGGUCUCAUGGCACAAGCCGGGAAGCUCUACGGUGGCGUAUUCUCCUACUGCUUGCCAAGCUUCAAAUCCUACUACUUCUCCGGGAGCCUGCGGCUGGGACCACUCGGGCAGCCCAAGUCCAUCCGCACCACGCCACUGCUGCGUAACCCGCACAGGCCGUCGCUGUACUACGUGAAUCUGACCGGCGUGAGCGUGGGGAAGACGGCGGUGAAGGUGGCGCCGGAGCUGCUGGCCUUCGACCCGGCGACGGGGGCCGGCACUGUGGUGGACUCCGGCACGGUGAUCACAAGGCUGGUGAGGCCCUUCUACGAGGCGGUAAGGGACGAGUUCCGGCGGCAGGUGGCGGCGCCAGAGUACUCCUCGCUGGGGGCCUACGACACUUGCUUCUCGACGACGGCGGUGGCGGAGGACCGGACUCCGGUGGUGACGCUGAACUUGGAGGGGAUGGAGCUCGUUCUCCCGGCGGAGAACACGCUCAUCCACAGCUCCUCCACGCCUCUGGCCUGCCUUGCCAUGGCUGCCGCCCCGGAUAACGUGAACUCCGUUCUCAACGUCAUCGCCAACCUCCAGCAGCAGAACCACCGCGUCCUCAUCGACACCGCCAACUCCCGCGUGGGCUUCGCUCGCGAGCUCUGCAACUGA